AUGGCCAAAAAGAGCAGACAAGAGCUGGAGAAGGAAGUCACAGCCCUCGCAAAGCGAUUGAAGACUAUUGAAGAGGAAAAGAAGAUCGGAGCCGAGUCGAAGCCCAACCUCAACGUCAACCUCGAAUCCAAACCUGAUCCUCAACCCGAAUCCGCACCCACCACAACAUCCAAGGAGGAUCUCGUUACUCCGGAAACUCUCGAGGAGUACAAGCAAGUUCUGUUGGCGCUAGAGAAAAGUAAGCAGCUCGGCAAAGACCUCGACACUACGUUGGAGAUCCUGAACAAGUUCGAAAAGCUGGAAGCAGAGCUCAUCUCGAAUCGUGACAGGUUCGAGGUCUCUCACCUGAGACUCGCGAUCGUCGCUCUGAGAGCAAAGUUUGAGAGACUGUUCGCUACAGUUCUCGCCCAUGCUACCGGCAAGGACGAGUUGAUCAACGACGCAAGCUGA